AUGAACAUGAACUUGAUUAAGAUACCUCCAUAUAGUUACAUCCACGUCCUGGACACCAACAAGAAUGUGUCUAGACUCGAGGUUGGACCCCAAACAUUCUUGUGCAAAGAACAUGAGAAGAUUGCUUAUGGUCCAAAGCCUAUGCAUGUCAUACCAAAACUACACUACUGUAUUGUGGAGAAUCCAGUGAUUAAGGACCCAAAGACUGGUGUCCAGGAGAUGGAUAAGCAUGGACAGGCCAGGCUUCGACAUGGUCAAAGAGAGAUCAGGUUCGAGCAGAACGAUCCAUUCCCUCUUUACCCAGGUGAGGUAAUGGUCGAUAGCAAGAUCAUGUCCCUGAGCAUCGUCUUGGACAAUGAGGCCUUGAAGUUAAAGGCUUUGUGUGACUUCACUGCCGCAAAUGGCAAGAAAAGAAAGGCCGGAGAGGAGUAUCUAUUCGUUGGCCCUUCCACAUAUCAUCCAACCGUCGAGGAGCAGGUGGUCGAGAAGGUCAAGGCCAUCAUUGUCAGACCACAUCAAGCAAUCAAGCUAAGAGCCAGAAUCGACUUUAUAGAUCGUCAGGACAAGCAACGCAAGUCAGGCGAGGAGUGGUUGAUCACCGAGGAGGGUGCCUUCUUGCAGGAUCCAUACGAGGAGCUGGUCGAGCAUAUUGAGGCCACUGUACUAGACGAGAAGAUAUCCAUCAUCCUAGAAGCAAGAAAGAACUUCAAUGACAAUGGUAUCGAGAGAAAGAAGGGCCAACAGUGGUUGUUGACCAAAGAGGACACGUCCCUCUACAUUCCACAGCCAGAGGUCAAGAUUGACAGGGUGGUGCCAUUGACCGUACUCAACAGCAGUGAGUAUGCCGUCAUCCAGGACUACCAGGAUGAGGAGACCCACGUCAAUAUGAUGGGCAAGAAGAAGAUGGUUCGUGGCCCAGCCCUGUUCUUCCUAAAACCAGGCGAGUCGAUCGUUUCGUUGGAGAAUGUUCGUGUGCUUGGACCAGAGGACGCAAUUCAGGUGACAGCUCUGGAGGAGUUUGAUGACACAGUCACUGUUGCCGGCCAGAUCAAGUCAAUCAGAAGGAAGGCUGGAACCAGAUGGUAUAUAUAUGGACCAGCUGAAUGGGUUCCCCCAAUUCAAGUCAAGGAGUUAUCCAAGAUCAAGGCGAUCGUCAAUUUGGAGGAUUUGAACAUCCAUAUAUUCUCCCCAAUCUAUCUAUUUUCAUUUAUAGCAAUAAUCUUGUAUCUGUUGAUUAAAUUAAUU